AGCUGAGCACACGGAAAUCCCAAUGAAGCCAAUACAAGGUGCCCAGUUUCCAUCCAGACACCUACUAGAAACUUUUUUAUUCCUUCUUGAUAACUUUAGUGGAGAAGAAAGGUGCUUACACCAUGGCUGCUGAGUUGGAUUUCUCUCCACCUGAAAUCCCUGAGCCCACGUUCAUGGAGAAUGUGCUACGCUAUGGACUCUUCUUUGGAGCCAUUUUCCAGCUUAUCUGUGUGUUAGCCAUAAUCUUGCCAGUUUCAAAGUCCCAUAAGACGGACUCGGACAGUUUUGAGUCUAAGAGUUCAGAGGCAGUGAAGAAGCCAAAGGCAACUGCGCCACAGAUGAGCAAGAAACCCAAGAAGGAAACCAAAAAGAAACGAUAAAGGCCUUACAAUUGCCAUUCUUUACCUGUCAGGGGGCAAAGGAGAGGAACUUAGGAGUGGACGGGGAGGGCUUCUGCAUAGAUAUCUUACCAGCAAAGAGGAUUUCAUGUAUCCAGGACUUCACUCGACAUGAUUAAUGUUUCAGUCAUCAAGAAAGUGACUUAUCUCAUGUCUAAUGGGUAGAAAGGCUUGUGAUCUUAUCUCUUCCACACUGGCCAGGAUUGUAUUCAAGUCCCUUGUGGAAGGUGGAGUGUGGGUUUGCAACUGCAGAUAGCGCUUUUAGUUGUAUUUUUGAAGGCACAGGGAUCAAAUGGAUCAAGGAUACCACACUACACAGCUUUAUAUUAACCUGUAUUGUCAUCUUGUCUGAAAUACAUAGCUCCAUUUUAUGGCUUAAUAAUAACGGCUUUGUUAUAUUCUUUAAUUCUUUAUGGGUAAUAAUUCAUCAGAUUCCAGAUUGGUCUAGAUGAAAGCUUUCAUUUCCCCAGCAUUGCUACCUCUUUCUUCUUAUUCCCCACCGCAUCUCUUCUCCUUUCUGUUUCCAAUUUUGAAAGUAUAUAUAAAGAAUUUCAGGGAACUGGGACCAUGGUGGGGCCUAGAAUGAAUAUAGGAAUCGGGGAACAAUUUGAUUCCAGAAGGUGCAGAAUUUAAUGCCCAUGAUAAUGAGGUGCUCUUGGAAACUUGGGACGAUCAGGUGCUGCACACUGGAGAAGAGCUGCUCUCAGAUGGGAGUGUCAAAGCGUUGCAUUUGCCUUGUAUUAAACUUCCUAGCUGUGCUGCUGAUUAAUCCUCCCAUGAGUUAGCUGAGUCCUAACCAUGGGCUCCAAUUCAACGCAGCUUGGGUUUGAUGCUUUUACAAACUCCCUCUCAGUGAUAGCUGGUAUAGUACUGCGUUUCUUCUCAUUGAAUGCCUCAUGAAGUUAAAUAUGAUCUCAGCCUGAGGAAAUGUGGUAUUUUAAAAGCCAAGGCAUGGUAAGCUGGCUGUGUAGCACGACUAUAUGGCAAGGAGACAUGCACACUGUGUUUCUUCAGUGCCAGGGACAAUGUAGUAUUAUGUUUGAGUAUGGCUA